UCCAGAAUUUUCAGACUUAAAAAAAAAAAGUUACCACUGUCCCACUUCCACCAUAUCAUCAAUUAAUCGGUUUGACGACUUAACGAGUCCUCCACGCAUAGUGCUUGCAAUGCUUCAAUUGAGCAGUCGGAGCGCACGCCGUAUUGGAACGUCCUAUGUAUGCGCCUCAUGUUUUGCGGCUACCCAAUCGGCAAGGUCGCGGGUGCUUCGUCCCACCUUAAUUCCUAGAUAUCAUGGCCGACUAUUGUCGAACACACCUCUCCGAGCUGCGCAGCCGGUUGAGACCCCAACCACGCCUGCGGAUGGGGCUAGUGAUAUAGCGGUUCAAUCGUCGAACCCAUCCCAGAAGAAAAAGAAGAAAAAGGGUGCAAAUAAGUCUUCCAAAAAAGAUCAGUCUCAACCAGAUGUCCAGCCUCUGUCGAAGAAAGCGGCCACCCAGGCUGCAGAUGUACGCCAAUUACAGGUUCUGCAAGGCGCACUCGAAGCUCUGAAGAACGUUCUUGCUAGCCAGAACAUCAAUAUCGACCAAAUUAUGAAAUCUAACAACCAAUCUGACCAAGCAACCUCAGCUUCACAACCCAAAGCCCAAGCUGAGACGAAGACCAAGGCUAAAGCUAAAGCUAAACCCAAAGCUAAAGCCAAGUCUAAGUCCACCACCACGGCUGCUACAACUGGAGAUGAAGAAGUUCAGGACCCGAAACCAAUCGGAGCAAAGGCAAGGCGCAAAAGAUCGAAAGCGCGGAAACAGGUUGCCGGGGACUCAGCUACAGAGGCUCAGGAUGAACAGGCAAAGGCGUCAAAAAGCGACGAAAAGGACCACCAGGAGUCGUUGCCAGACACCGCCGACGAUGAUAUUAAUUCUCUAAAAUUCGCCACGCCUGAGCUUCAGGACAAAUUCCAGGUUGUAGAGGAUCCAUCCACGGACAAAACCCCGCCAAAAAGUUCAAAAAGGAAAUCAAAGGAGCAAAAAUCGCAGAAGUCCCAAAAGGCACAAAAGUCCCAGAAAUCCGAUAAAUCUCAGAAAGCGCAGAAAACGCAAAAGCCCGCGAAAGCCCCCUUAGCCAUCAAUGUGAUUCGUGCCAAGGAUCUACACAUGACCCCUAUCCAAGCAGACCGGCCUCCAGUUCCGGCAUUGUCAUACGGGCUUGAGAGGGUUUUGUUCAACCCUGGCGUGUAUACUCUCCAAGAUCCUCGAUCUCGGGUUUACAAUUUUGAUCCGUAUCUCUCGGAGAUCAUGCCGAUCCAGGAAUUUGAUUUCAACGCGUUAAAGCAAUAUGUAACCUCUUCCAAGGAUACCAACCUGAUUCGGAUUGCAAAGGAAAAUGCCAAGAAAUAUACAGGUUCAACUUCAAGCAUGACUUCCAUGCUUUCCCAUUUCCAUUAUCUCUUGUCAUCCUGGCGAGAAAUCAAUACAAGCAUGCUCUCAAGGCAGUUUGAACCAGACUCUCUUCAAUAUACAAGAAUCAUGAGGGGACCAUCAGCAAUAUUCUUAAACUGGAGAGAUGGCACUUACGCGAUAGAUGCUGAUAAAGAAUUCGACACGGCAAAUAUCUUGAGUAUGCUCGGAAAGUCUAUGGAGAAACUCCUCACACUCACCAAGGAGGAGUAUGAGAGAUAUAGACACAUUAAUUCGGAUCAAAUUACCGAGGAAGAACGGAACGCCGAUGAAGCAUUUCACUAUACCGGCUUCCGCGACUUCAUGAUGCGUUCGCAACUCGACGCACAUGAUCCAAGAGUGCCAGGGUCUGGCAUGUUCGAUCUUAAGACCCGAGCGGUCAUCUCGAUUCGUAUGGAUGCGCAAGGGUUUCAUAAAGGCCUUGGGUACGAGAUUCGCAACCGAUUUGGCCAGUGGGAGUCGUUCGAACGAGAGUACUACGACAUGAUCCGCUCUGCAUUCUUGAAGUACUCCCUUCAAGUUCGUAUGGGUAGGAUGGAUGGUAUAUUCGUCGCAUUCCACAACACCCAACGCAUUUUUGGAUUUCAGUAUAUUCCUCUAAGUGAAAUGGAUCUCGCAUUGCAUGGAACUUCUGACACCACACUUGGCGACAGGGAAUAUGCGCUGAGUCUUUCAUUACUUAAUGAUAUUCUAGACCGGGCCACUAAGAAGUGGCCGGAGCAAUCUCUACGGAUACAUUUCGAGACUAGAACAUCAGUGGACACACCAUUCAUGUAUAUCUUUGCGAAGCCCGUAUCCCAAGCUGACAUAGACGAGGUUCAAAGCGCUAACAGGGCAACUAUUGAAGCAUUCGAGAGAGGAAUACUUGGUUUAGUGAAAGAGGAAGCCGAGGCCGAAUCGGAAUCUAUCGUGGAAAUUGAUGACGCCCCCAAGCAGGAAGAAGAGGUGGAAGAAACCUCACUAGCCCAGGCAAUGUCGACUUUGGCUACUUGGAAGGAAGUACGCCAAGUCGUCGAGAAUGCGGUAGAUGAUGACGAGGUUGGUGUUGGCGCCGUAAGAGAGGCCAUCGAGGAUGCGCUAGAACAGAGUGGACUGCUUCAUGCUAAAUCCUCCGCAGAAGCGCGAGGAUACGUGGAUGCCUUACUCGCUGCCAUCACCAGUAGCAUGCCCCCCAGGCCCGCGGUAUCAUCUCUGGAGGGAUCAACGAGAGAGGAAAUUGACGUGGAUGAAGAUGAUUCCUCGUCCUCUAUUCAGGAACCAGGACAAGAAUCAGAAACAUCCAACGAUGAACAACUAGCCUCUAGCGAUGAGCCCGAUGCGAAACAGGCUCGAGGCCACGAAGAAUCUACUGAAAUUGAAGAUGCGGAUAAUCAACAGCAAGAGACCACCGAACAAGCCGAGGAUGUAUUGGUGUCACAAUCAGAAUCUGAAGUUGAACAGAACGAAGGGCAAUCAACGACCACGGAACCUCUGGAGAGCCAAAUAGACAGUGCUGAUGAACACGGAGAUAAUACCGCAUUAGAGCAAGAAUCAGUUGCGGAAGCUCAUGUUGAAGAGCAACUCGAUAAGUCUAUCGAGCAAGUAACAGAGGAGCCUGUGGAAACGAACCAACUUCUAGAGGAGGAAGCGGAGGAGGAUGAAGAUGACGACGAAACUGAUGACAUGGACGAUGAAUUGGAAACAGCAGAAUCCAAGAGAGACCUUAACGCUUCCACUGCCAUGUCUCCGCUAAGGGAUCUUAUUGUGCGAAUAGCCCAAGGGAUCGACGAAAGGCCUAUUCCCAGCGAACCCGAGAGCUCAAUGGAUGAUUCGUCGAAACUAAAAGAGUUUGAGCGAAUUCUCGGCGAGCUGAUUUCUCGCACCAAAGCCGAGCAGGCUCGUCCUCAAACGGAUGACGUUAAUCAGGUGACUCCGGAGAGCCAGACGGAACCGGGGGUACAAAUUGAGGCACAGUCGACCGAGUCUGAAACCGAGAAAGUAGGGGAGACAGAGGACUCUACUGAGCAGUCAUCCUCAGAACCGGCUUCAGAAACCUCGGCGCCAGCUGAAGAAGAGGUAGAUGAGAAUUUGCUAGGCAUGGUACUAACAAUUAAGAAUAAGGUCAACGGCCAAUACGUACCUAGGCCCGAGAAUAUGAGCAAGGGCGAUAGCUGGAGUGUAGAGUACAACAUUGAAGAAAUUGCCAGCAAGCGAGCCAGUACACUUUACAAUCAAUGCAAAACCAGACGCCGCAAGAUCUUCGAAGAUCCGGGCAAUAAAGAGACGGAGUGGUUCAAGAUGUGGCGUGGCAAACUCGAUGAAUGUACAAAAGCCGGUCGCAAGUUUAGGGCGCAGGAGCUGGAGAGCGCAAAGACACGCCCCGUCCACGUCGUAGGGCACCAUGAACCCUUACUAUGGGAAGAUGUUUUCGGAAGGAAAAACGGAAAGGAGGAGAAGCCGGCAGAAGAAGACGCCGAGACUGUGUAGGGGAACAUGAGGCUGAGGGCGGUUCGGAAAAGGAAAAUCAAGGUUAUCAACAAAGACUUAUGGGGAGGCAAGGCUCCAUUGGUCAAACGUGAUAUUACAUGCAUCUACUCCACUGUACAACAUCUCGCUUUGCAGCGCUGUAGUACUUACACAUCGGUCUGGGUUUAGGCAUGAGGGUUUAGGCCAUAUGUAGAAUACUUCGGAAUAUUCUGCUGCCUCCCAUCGUAGGUGACUUACAAUAGAAAAAAGGCUGUCUCGACUCCGUAAAAAGUUUAUCCCUGUAUCUAUACUGUCAAUUAGAAAUUCAUGCAUAAGUUGCCUUCUUCCCACUA